CGCGCCUUUAAUGUUUUGCCAAACGUUUCGAAGGUUUUUUUUUUUGGGCCCGUGAACCACUUUCUAAAUUUUCAAAGUCCCCUGUGUGUAACUUAAAUAUUUAACAUGUCCAGCGAAGCGAGUCUGGCUUCCAAAUGGACGCGACCAGAUGAUUUUAUAAAGCUGCAGCGGCUCAAGCAAAAGAAGAACAAAUUGGCCGCACGUGUGAGCAACAAUAACAACAAGCGACCGGGACUCCAGGUGGAUGAGACUGAUAAAAGCAAACUGCUGGAGGCCAAGCUCGCCCAAAAGCGAAAGAAUCCGUUUGCCAAAUCCACAGACGAUGCGAAGAAGCUGCGAAUCGAUCCGGAGGUUCCGCAGCCGGAACCGGUGGUCACCGCCUCCUCCUGCUUUGUGCGGGAAACGCCCACUCGUCCGCCGCCCGCCAAGUUCGUCCUCCAGAAAUACGACCCUCAGGCCUUUGCCAAGCUCUUCCAGCAGCCGCAAACGAACGCCGAGGACGAGGACGACGCAGAGUUGGCCGCCCGACAGAAGCACACAGCCCAUCUGCCAGUGGACUGGUCCCUGAAGACGCGCGCCCGCUUCUUCUGUCCCUCGGAGCUGCCGGCCAUCCAGCUGAAGACCUCGCAGCUGGCCAGCGGCCUCACCAGCUUCGUGCGCUGCAUGGAUCCACAGCGGACGGAGAGCACGCUGGACAUCUCGGACGCCACGCGCUUCAACCAGUGCACCUACUACUGGCAGCAUCCCCACCUGCCCUGGCUGACCCUCUUCCCGCGCACGGCCAAGGAGAACGUGGGCAUCGUGGUGGGCGAUCGCGAGCGCAAGGCGCUGGCCGAGGAGUGGGACUACAGCUUCCGGGGAUUGUUCCAGCUGCUGCGCGCCCGCCAGUGCCCGUACUUCUACCUGUGUGCCAACACCUUUACAGUGCUCUUCCGGGCCGCCGGCGUGGGCGGUCGGGCGGAGAGCCACGCCCUGGUCACGCCGUCGACGCGGGGAAUGCGCCAGGCCCUCAGGCAGGAGGGGAUUGAGUUCAGCAUGCCGCUGAAGAGUGAGGCCAGCGGAAGUGCACACGACAACAGCUUCCCCGAGGAAAGCAUGGGUCCGGAAACAGGAGAACAGGAGGCGCCUCCAGCGGCUCAGGAAGACGAGGAUGACGACGAGGACUGGCUGGAGAGCUUGGGCGUGGAUGAGCGCGAGCUGCGACGCAUCCAAUCGUCGCAUGCCAGGAAACAGCAGGCUGCCGAGAUGCGGGAGGAUUUCAGCGAUAAUUCACUGCUCCUCAUCGAUGGCGUGGAGUGCCAGGGAUUCUUUAGUUAUCUCCUGAAUGCCAAGAGCGCCAUCAGCACAGUGGGCCGUCUAGCGGGAGUGCCACCUACUCUUCUGUCGCCGGUGGCCUUUCCCAAGGCCACCAUGCAGCACCUGGUUCCGCGGUCCAAGAAAGUGCGCCUGGACGGCGUCGACUACUUCAGCGUGGACAUAAAGGGCCUGAUCCUGCCCACAUUCCUGCCCAGCGUGGCCGAGCUGCUCUGCGAGACGCGCCAGAUGUUCAGCUCCACGCUGGCCAGCAGCAUAAACACGCUGGCCUUCAGCAAGGCCACCCAAAAGCUGCUCGAGAGUCCCGAAACGCCUCAGUCGGAUGUCGAAGGAGAAGAUGCCGCCGGGCAGGUCUUUGGCGAGCAGAAUCUUUCCGAGUGCGGCCUGCUGCCUGGAGUGGUGGGUUCCAUCUGCCGCACUGGCCAACAUGCAGUUGGCCUGCUGGAGCGCAUUUGCUAUCAAAGGGGCGAGGGAUAUGCCUGGAGUUAGGGAACGAUUCAAGUCA